AAUUAUCAAAAUCCCAAAUUUGUUGGGUAGUAAAAGGAGAACAGAGGACCAAACAAGCCCUUAUCAAUUUUAGCGUCCUUUAUUUGAUAAUCUCUGAAAAAAAUAAAAUAAAGAUAAUUUAUCUCCCGCGACUUGCAACAGGAGAGAGAAAACCAUACAUCACUUGCGAUUUCCCAAGCUUUUCAGGCCAGUACAGAAGAUAAAAUAUGAGUGCACUAGACGUUCCCAGGGCAGAACUUGCCCUUGUAGUGCUGUAUCUGAAUAAAGCAGAAGCCAGGGACAAGAUAUGCAGGGCAAUCCAGUAUGGUUCAAAGUUCUUGAGUGAUGGACAGCCAGGUACAGCACAAAAUGUUGAUAAAUCCACCAGCCUGGCAAGAAAAGUGUUCCGUCUCUUCAAGUUUGUUAAUGAUUUGCAUGGUCUGAUAAGCCCAAUUCCUGCUGGAACUCCUCUUCCCUUGUCUCUACUUGGAAAGUCUAAAAAUGCACUACUAUCCACUUUUUUGUUCCUUGAUCAAUUUGUUUGGCUUGGUAGAAGUGGCAUCUAUAAGAACAAGGAGAAAACUGACCUGAUUGCCAAGAUAUCUCUUUACUGUUGGAUGAGUUCCUCUGUUUGUACUUCUUUGGUUGAGAUUGGGGAACUUGGUAGGCUUUCUGUCUCAAUGAAGAAGUUGGAGAAGGAGCUCAAGGGUAGUGAGAAACAUGAAAAUGAGCAAUAUCGAGCUAAGUCCCAGAACUAUAAUGACAGGUCCUUGGCCUUAAUUAAAGCCGCCAUGGAUAUAGUUGUGGCUGCUGGACUUCUCCAAUUGGCACCCAAGAAAAUCAAUCCUCGCGUGACUGGUGCCUUUGGUUUUGCUACAUCUCUCAUUUCUUGCUACCAGCUACUUCCUUCACGGCCAAAGUCCAAGACGUCUUAAAAUCAGGAAUCCACGUCAGGAUUUAAAGGAUUACAGAAGCAAAGAUCCAUGUCUAUGUAUGCUUGGGCGAAUCUAGAUUUCUAGUAGGGUGACAUUCAUUUAAUUAAGAACCACUGCUGUAUUUCGUUCUUGCAAGUUCGUCCUUACAGUUCACAAUAGCUAUGAUAUGUUUGUUAAUUUUGUUUA